AUGGUCAUCAGCGCUGGGGGCUCCGAAAUGUGGGAGCCACAGCCAAACAUACAGAUGAGGCCCACACGACGAAGCGGCUGGUCUGUGCUGCUGAGGCAUUUGAGUAUUAGUUGGUCAGUACCGAAGCCCUCACCGGCGGGGAGCGAGCUGCGCGAGGGCCGGGCUGUGGCCACGGCGAAAGCUGCCGCCGCGCCAAGAGCGCGCCCCCGAGGAACGGGACAGACCGCCCGAAACUGCGGACCAGCUGCGCUCGAGACGAUCCAGAUGCCGCGGACCGGACCACGGAGCGACCGAUUUCAAGAGACUGUCUUUGGGAAUGUAUCACUUAAUUUUACUUGUAUCUGA